AUGAUCUGUUGGGAUCGGAUCGUGCUGGUGGGCCUCUUCGCCGUACACACGCACGCUCGCCGCUGGGUGGAGGCCCCGCGCUUUUCAUGCCCAGCGAACAGCGAGGCACGAUGUUAUCCUGCGCAAGAGAACGGAUAUGAUUGGGAAGGACUGAGAAGCGGCCCCUUCGAGAAGUACGGCAGCAACACGUUCCAGGGCUUUACCUACUCAGCUCUACAGCGAGACCAGAGCGCCACGAAUAUCAGCAGACUUCGUUCCGGCUUCAUCACGACGAAUUUGGACCGCUCCCCCACCAUGUCGAUCGACGGUGAGACUCCAUUUGUCGUGGACCGCAUCGAGCUCGCGACCGGCCACGACGCGGAGAUUGUCUUUCACUACACAAUGCCGGACGGCUCCACGUGUGUCGAAGUGGCAGAGGUGUUAGAGAAGGGAUCUACGAUCCGGAAUGUGCAGUGUGGUGGUGCCACGAGCGUCAUGUUCAAACCUGGGAGACACACUCCCCCCGCAACCCCCCUCAGCAUCUUCUCCAUCUCAUUCCACUGCGAGCCGCCUGCCGUUCUUGCGACGGCAAGCACAACAGCGACGAGAUGGCAAGAGCACGGGACACGGAAAGGACCAGUCUUCCCCGCAAUACAUAAUCUCUCCUAUCCUGUCUUUUCCCAUCCAAGCGGCCACAUGUCCCAUAGUGGCGGCGGCGGCGACGAGAGUAGGGCUGUCAUCGGCCCACGCACGAACUCGACUCGAGGCUCCUGCAGCGGUGGUAGCUACGAGCACGUGAUGGACAAGACGAGCGAGGACGUGGCAUGUACGAGCUCCUCGACGGAUACGUCCGCUCCACGCAGCGCGUACGGUCGAGGCGGAACCCCGAUCACCACUUGUCCACGUACUGAACAGCCGGGAGGUCUGCUUUCCAGCCAGCACGCAAUUUCCGAUGCUUCGUGCCUCCCUGUAGCAACGAUGCCCUCCGCCACCAGCAGACGUGAGGCCAGUACUUCACCCAGUCCGAGCUGGUAUCCGUUCGCAAGCGACCCCGAUGUCCUCCCCCGCUGUCUCAAUACAUGGCUGUUCACGACAGGGUGUAGAGACAAUACGGACGUGGACUGUUUUUGCCAGCAGGAGCACUAUAUGGUGAACGCCAUGGGAUGUGUGAAUGCCUGGUCAGCCUCCGACGAAGAGGUCGGCCACGCCGCGGCAUACCUCAUGAGCAUCUGCGCAGACCAUACGGAAUUCUUCCCUGCCAUCCUUCAAGCUUGUCCUGCCACCAUCUCGCCAGCGCAGAUGUGGGACCUGCCGGACGAUGUCACAGCCACGACCAGUCGUGCGCGGUGGGUCACUGUGGUCGUGUCCAUGGAUUCGCCUUCGUCGCCAAGCAAGGACAUCACGCUUCCCGUUGUCGAGCCCACUUGCGCAGUCGACUACGCAACGAUGGUGGCGACCACUAUCACUGUGCCUAGGCUGCGCUUCGCCACGGCGACGAUCGCACCAUCUCACGAUACAGUCGCUCCCGUAACCGGAAGAUACACAUCGCAGCGUCACGAUUCGACGGAGGGCUAUAGAUCGUGGGCACAUCAGUGGAUGAAUGGCAGCACCAAUGCGAGAAGUUCCGGGACAGCCACACCGGGGACUGCGGUUUCCGGCAGCGGCGCGAGGCACACCGCGAUCACGUCGAUCGUACCGGCGAUUGGAGGAGCUGGUAGAGUCUGGACUAGCGCUACGCGUACGAUGAUGAGAGUGGGGUUUGUAGUUAUGGCUUUGCUUCACAUUCAUGGUGUGUAG